AUGGAUUACAGACUGAGCGUUUUGGCAGUGGUGUUGGGAGUGGCUGCGAUUGUACUCUCUGCUGACGAAAAAUCAUCGACACCCGCACCGGAAGCCGAAGGAUCGAUUAGAAUUUACCGCAGGCUAAUACCGGCCGAUGUCCUAAGAGAUUUCCCCGGAUUAUGUUUCGCCUCGACCAAAUGCGCCACCGUGGAGCCAGGACACACAUGGGAGCUAUCGCCGUUCUGCGGACGUUCUACUUGCGUGCAAGGCGAAGGCACUGACCGACUUCUGGAGCUGGUCGAGGACUGUGGUCCAUACCCCAAGUCCAACCCCAAGUGCAAGCUGUCCGAAAAGACCAACAAGACAGCUGGUUUCCCGGACUGUUGUCCCGUGUUCGACUGCGAGCCCGGCGUUAAGCUCGAAUAUCCAGAGGUUACGGUGGUCGAGAACUCAGAAUCAUCCGAUGGCGGCGCCGACAGCACCACCACCACGUCCACGGAAAAACCCAAAGCUUGA